AUGUUGUACAGGACCAAAUGGAAACGUCAAACGGCAGUGGGCYUGGAACUGUUGGCCGAGGCAGGCAACUACGCGGCAUUCCAGCGUCUUUACGGCGGACCUCCAUACGGCUGCUGGCCUUACCCGGCUGGCGCCGCGGGGGCCGCCGGUGGCGUCUCCGGCGGAGGUGGCGUAUCGGGAGCGGGCGGCGCACCGUCUGCCGCCGACCUGUACUACCGACAGGCGGCCGUGGCCGCGGCCGCAGUGUCCACGCUCCAGAAGCCUCUGGCCUACAGGCUGUAUCCCGGCAUGGCGGGCGCACCCGGGACCGCGGGCUCCGGAGCCGGCGCGUCCGGCCACCAUCACCAUCACCACCACAUACCGCCUCCGCCAGUGCCGCUCGCCCACCCGAUGUACUACGGUGGCGUCCACCAUCCGGCCACCAUGCAACCGAUGCCCGGCCGCAGCCCGACACCCGAACCGCCCGGCCGGUCGUCCCGCGGCUCACCCUGCAGAUCGACGGUGGACAGCCGGCCCGGUUCGGUGGACGUCGAAGACGACAGGUCCAACUCGCCCAACGUGGACGUUUAAGCGACGACCGCGGCGCGCUGACCCACCGCGUGCCAUAUAAUAUACCAACAUAGCACCGCGCGCGUGGCCGUAUUAUCAUACAUAUURUAAUAGUAUGUCACUCGUUGUCGUGUUUAAGUGCAGCUGCAGUGUGCGCGCGUGUCUACAAYAAUAUUCUUGUAUUAUAUACAUGAGGCACUGUACAACGCACCCUCAAACAUAUACACCCACCUAGUCGUCGUUUACUCUUUUUAUUAUUAUUAUUAUUAUUAUUACUAUGGUUAUGAUUAAUUUUUAUUAUAUAUUAUAUGUAUAUGUAUA